AUGGACCAAAUUCAAAUUAUUCCAGAUGACCCAUACAAGCAUUUAGUUGAAGAAAUCCACGACCUGCAGAAACUUAUCGACCGACGAUUUCCAGAGCAAGAAGGCCCGCGUGCCGUUGUUGGGGAUAUAUACAACCUUUUUGAUCUCGAGUUGCAAAUUUGGGGUAGGCAAGAAUUCGGCGAGCAGGAAAAUGAUGAAUUGAACGAAAUGAUAUCGGAAGCUCAAAGUCAAAGAAGCCGAAUUGUCCCCUUUCUCCGUGAAACUGCUAACUGGGUUGAUCCCAACCUCUCGACCGAUUUUGAUAUGCCCGAUGCCGGAUCUGGUGAAUGGUUUGGGAUUUUGGUUUAUGUAAAGAUUCUGAAUGAAUUUUCUCGUAAAGUCGAAUUCCCACCUGAACCUACCGUGACCAGUGACCAAGUCGCUAUCCCUACUGACAUAGAAGACGCCAAAACUCCGGAAGACGCUAACCCUACGAAGGCCGCUAAUCCUGACGAAGAGGAAGAUAACAGACCAACAUGCCAAAUUUGCGCCGAAAAGUACGAAGGUGGCGAUGAAGAUGUUAGUUCUCCCUGGCACAGACUCUGUCCGGAGUGUCUGAAGGAAGACAACGACCCAGCAUGCCAAAUUUGCGCCGAGAAGUAUGCAAAUGGCGAUAAAGAUGUUAGUUUCCCUUGUCAUGACGAUCAUCGAAUGUGUACCGACUGUCUGAAGGCCAUGCACUGCUGGCAGUUGCACUCAAGAGUUUUUAUCAAAGCUCACAACCUGUCUACAGGCGUGACUUACAAUGAACCCGUUGAGUAA